AUGAAUUUAACAGACAAUUUGACUGAUUACAGAGACCCGAAUUGUAUAAAAUAUGACCAUGUUGUGCAGUCCGACUACGAGGAAAUAUUCUGGGUGGGAAUCGCGACCAUCGGCCUCAACGCUGUUUAUUUUGGAAGCAAGGCGCUUCAUAUUCUGGCAAAAUUACUAGAAGUCAUGUGGGUUUACCGGCCGUAUAGUACAUCGAACGAUCGGAAAAAAGGAACGCGCGAUUUCACCAUUGCGGAAGGAAAACAGUCUGUCCUCGAUGUUCUCAAAUCUUGUGCAUUCACGGAAGUUCACUCGGACCAUGUUUACGCGCUGUGCUAUUUCAUACUCGUCAUUCGUGCGUUUAUUGGGCCCGUGAUGGAGUUUGUCCACGUUUAUGUUGACGUGAAACUGUACUUUUCGAUUAUCGACUGCGAAGAGGAUGUGCCCAUUGAUAGAAGAAUCGAUGUCAACUGGGUCGCCUUGCUGUGGAUAAACAUUUUCAUAGUUCUUGGGGUUAUGUUUCUGCCCGUCAGCGCCUCGAUUUCAUAUCGACGCCACAGGGAGCAACUCGGAAGCAGAAGAAUAAAAACGUUUGAAUUGGUGAAGAGUGAUGUCACUUUAUGCCUUGCAUCGAUAAGGGUACUAUGCGUACUUUCCGUCGUCGAUAUGCCGAAAAACUUUCUCAUCUACUUUUAUAUCGACAAAUUCAUCACGGAGCCCGAAAAACAAGGACGCUCAAAAGAACUCUUUUUGCUGAAGAACGUUUCCUUCGUGCUGAUCUGGUCGCUAGCACUGAUCAUCGUAUUUGCAAGAACAAAAAGGAACGCAAGCGAGCGAUUCUUCUCGUGCAACAACUGGUACAUGUUCCUUUUCCGAGUCUUGAUCUUCAUCGUCAUUCCACUGAUAUGGUUCUUUUCGAAUCUUCUCUAUUCCAUCGGCGUCCUCCUUCAGCUUUACAACAAUACUUACGCCAACACUACUCUCAGCAAUUGUGCCAAAAAGUGCCAUCUUGCCAAAGGAAUAACCAGCGGAGAAUUCAUCGAUUUCUGUUGCUUAGACAUCGGCCAAGAUGAUUUUUUCUCAAAAUGCAACUCGAGCUUUCACCACGAGGACCACUUCUUCUACGAACAGCAGCCUUUUAACAAUCAAUGUCUAUACAUGCUCGACUAUUUUUUCAUUGCAUGUUCGGCGGUUCUAGCUCUCUGCUUCCUCUUCUUUGUUGCUGGACUUCUCUACAUUACCUUCCGAUUCAGAUCAGCUAGACUUGCAAGGCUCUCUGUGGAGGGAAUGAUCGACAUGGGAUAUCCAAACGAAAUGAACCUCCUUCACGUCGCUGCUUAUUAUGGAGAGACAAACUUGGUCAAACAGCUUUUAAAAAAUGACUACUGCGAUGUCAACACCCCGAUGAGAACUGGUGAUACUGCUGUGCAUUUAGCUGCGUCAAAUGGAUUUUCAGAAGUAGUUUAUCUUCUUGUCAACAAGUUCAACGCUGAUAUAUCCAAACUGAACAAAAACGAUCAGUUACCAGCGGAUGUUGCUGAGUUGGAGGGCUUCGAACUCAUAACACAGUAUCUGAAAACGAAGAAAAUGAGGGAAAUGCGGCGAAAAACAAUCCGUCGAAAACCGAUCGACAAAAUAAAUUCUGGCAGUGGAAGCUCAUCGCGAAGGAGAAACCGAGUUUCGUCCAACAUGUCAACUAGAAAAGCGGCCAUUCUGAAUGAUUCUUUAUCGCCGAUCAAGAUGGAGUUGAAAGACGAGCCAAGGAAGCGACCAACAACGCUUAAUUUGAGCAGCAUUCGUGUCUCAAAAGCUUCAAGUCUCAACACUUUUGACGAGCUAUUAGACUCGCCUACGGAGGCUAACCGCUUUCACUCAGUUAUAAGCGAGGAUGUACAGUACGAGCGCUUUUGA